AUGACGAUUGUUGCGGACUGUGGAAACUCACAGGCAGUGACAUCCGUGUGCACAAUGGGAACGCCUGAGUGCGAUGAGGAGCUCAGACUCUUUCUGCGUUGUUUGCGCGCCCUUCAUCCGCAUGUGCAAGUGGUAGUGGGAUGCACAUCUGGCAUGAUCAGCCCUGGUCGAAGUGCGAGCAGUGCCUUCGCUGACUUCGGUAUGGAUGAAAAAAUCGAGUGGGUUCCCUGUCUCGAUCCUUACCUACCCAUCAACAGGGGCACAAUGGAACAGCAGCACGGGGUGUGGUACCCCUCGCGCCAUGCAGACUUCAUGAUGGAAAAGGCAAACUUGAUGGAGCGCGCGAUGAUGCUGCACAGUCCGCAGAAGCCUUGCGGGGGCGGUCCAGAAUGCGUUGUGGCGUUCCUCGACUGUGACGUCGUCUUGCUGGGAGAGCUUCCGUGCAUCCCAUUUGGCACGCAAGUGGCGUUGUCACCGCAUCAACUGCGUACUCGAGACGAAGCUCUCUUCGGCAAGUAUAACGGUGGAUAUGUUGUUGCUACCACCCCUUCUGUUAUCUAUGAGUGGAGGCGCGCAACACAGUACUCGAGGUACUUUGACCAAGCCUCGCUAGAGUGCGUGGCCAACAGUUUCUCAUCCACUCUAUACGAGUUGCCACCGCAACACAAUUACGGAUACUGGCGGCUCUUCCAGACUUACCGAGUAGAUCCACUUGCUGAAGCGAAGCAGUUUUCUAUUAAGCCAAUGGGCAGCCCCCGCCAAUGGACCCUCUGCUACGAGGGAGCCCCGCUCAGAUCCAUUCACACGCACCUUCUCACAUCAACAUGCCGGCAAGGGCGGGACGUUCAGGCAUUUAACACGCUCAUAAGAAGAUGGAUACAAAGGUGCGUUCAACCUCCACACCGGGUGACAACCGCAGCAGUUGCGGCCAACCGGCUCUAUGAGGUGUGUCUCGGUCCUUACCUGAAAGUGGCUGGUCAAAAGUUGUCCAAAGCGCCGCCAUGA